AUGCGUUCCUAUUUCCAUAAGACAGAAGUGAAGCUGUACGGGUUGCUCAAAGAAGAUGAGGUCGAAGAUUGGCAAAUGACUAGUGAGGGGGUUGAAGACACGCUCGACGAAAUCCGCCAUCUUAUCCGUAGCAAACUCCGUGAUAUAGAUCCCCCAAAGCCAGUGUCAGCCCAAGUUUCUAGUGCAACUAGCCAAGAUUCCCAUCCCAAAUUGCCAGACAUUUCCCUUCCCCGGUUCAAUGACCAACUGGAAGAUUGGGUUAGCUUCAAGAACCAGCUCAAUGCCCUUGUGAAGCGUCGUGAAGGUCUUUCGGAAAGUGAGAAGUUGUUCUACCUCAAAGCCGCCAUACAAGAUGGUGCCGCGCGCCAUGUUCAGUCAUCCGAGGAUUCCUUCGCGUCCCUUUGGAUGGCUCUUUGUUCGGAGUUUAAGAACAAAAGGAUCCUAGCCGACAAGCAUAUUGCCCAAUUGUUCCAUGUGAAACCCAUUCUCCGCGAAUCUGGUUCAGCCUUGCGAAAUUUGCUAAAUGACGUCACGCGUAACAUUCGAGCCUUAGCCAACCUCGAAUUAAAACUCGAACCUCUUUCGGAGCAGCUUCUGAUCCACUUGGUCUGCACUCGCCUUGAUGCUCGCACUCGGAAGGAUUUUGAGCUGCAAUUGACCGACAACGCCCUGCCAUCCUGGGAUAAGUUGUUGGACUUCCUACAAUCUCGCUGCCGCUGUCUGGAGAACAUCUUGGAAAAUAUACUGCGCCUAAUCAGUCUUCGCGUCUACCACCAGAACGCUCUGGGUCUCAUGUGCUUCGGUAAUGUCACCUGUUUCGUUUGCAAAGGUACACACUUUUUGAAUCGAUGCGACCAAUUUCUGAACCUAGCUCCAAACGAUCGCUUUGCCAAGAUCAAGAGCCUAGGUAUUUGCUUGAACUGCUUCAGCAAUAAGCAGUACUCGCAUGAAUGCAAGGGUAGCUCGUGUCAUUCGCACCCCAUACAACGAUCUUCAACUGCUCCUACCCCCUCGUCGAUCAACUCGGCGAUCAGUCAUAUCUCUCCGGCGACUACACGAUCACACCAAUACGUGCUCUACACAGCUGUCGGGCUAGUAGAAGAUGCUCAUGGGAACUCAAUUGAGUGUCGAAUUUUACUCGAUUGUGGUUCGAUGCAUAAUUUGAUCGCAGCACAACUUGUCAAUGUAUUGAAGCUACCGAAAACGAAUGCGAAUGUCAACAUUCUUGGUGUCACUGGCUCACCUAAAUUGAUCAAAGACAAGGUCAGAGCAACGAUUCGCUCCACCUUGACCAAUGCCUCGUUCAAUUUGGAAUUUUUGGUCAUAAAAAAGGUCACAACCGACCUACCAAUAAAGUCGUUCCAAAUAGAUUCCGACCAGAUUCCAGCAGAUGUAGCACUGGCAGACCCUUCGUUCAAUCGAUCGCGACGAAUCGAUAUGCUGCUAGGAAUCCAAGUGUUCAAUGAGCUAUUCACAGGUCAAUCGUUUUCGUUGACAGAUGAUCACACGUUCUGGUGUAAAGAGACCAUUUUUGGAAGGGUAGUUGGUGGUGCAGUUAGCGAGCAGGGAGCAGAGCAAUCUUCCUCGAAGAUGUGCGGAGUCGUGACGAACGAAGCGUUGAGCGAACAGAUGAGCAGGUUCUGGGAAACGGAAGCCAUUCCCGAGCCUCGAAAGUUGACCGAAGAUGAACUAGCUGCUGAACGAAGUUUCCAAGAGACAUGUCGGAGACUACCAGAUGGGCGAUACGAACUUGGAUUGCCACUCAAGAACAGCAUCGAUCAAUUGGGCGAGAGCGAAACGAUGGCACUGCGCAGAUUUGUACAAGUUGAGCGACGAUUGAUACACAACCCGAACGUCUACGAGCAGUACCGAGCAUUCAUGGCAGACUAUCACGAUCAAGGGCAUAUGGUCAAGACAAACCAGAUGGUCGAGGGAGCGUACUUCAUGCCCCAUCAUGCGGUGUUCAACCCGGCGAGCACCACUACUAAGACGAGAGUCGUUUUUGAUGCGUCGGCGAUGACAACGACGGGGACGUCAUUGAACGAUCACCUUUUUGUCGGUCCUGUGGUCCAGCGAAAGUUAGCAGAUACAGUCGUGCGAUUCCGAAUCCCAAAAAUUGCGUUCACUGCUGACAUCGCCCAAAUGAUCCGGCAGAUCGUCAUAAGGCCGCAAGAUCGCAAAUGGCAACAGAUUUUUUGGCGUUCGCAACAGGUCGUUCCUUUGGAGGUGUACCAGUUGGCUACAGUCACUUACGGCACGGCAUGUGCACCCUUCCUUGCGACACGUGUACUGAAGCAGCUGUGCGAAGACGAGAGUGAGCGUUUCCCCUUGGCAUCGAAGGCGGGAACCGAAGACUACUACAUGGACGACCUGUUGAGUGGGGCGAAUACAGUGGAAGAAGCGAUGGCGAUGCACUGUGGCUGA